AUGGCCAUGCGAGCACAGAAGAUGGGGUGUGCUUGGGGCAGGCUUUGCCUGCUGCUCUCCCUCCUCCUCCAGCUGCCGGGCUCCCAGGCCAAAUGCUACUUCCAGGCUAAAGCUCCCUGUGAGUACGAGGGGAAGCAGUUCUCCCUCGGGGAGUCGUGGCUGAGCACCAACUGCCUGCUUUGCACCUGCCUGCACCCCAUCGGCGUGGGCUGCUGCGAGACGUGA